UUUUUUGUUGUUUUUGCUAUCUCUUAUAACUUCCUUACUAACUUCCUGUUGUCUGUUGAAAUCCUCUCUUUCCAUUUUAAUCUCAUAAUUGUUUAGCCUAAUGGUGGUUCUAGAAUGGACACUCUACAUUAGAAGCGGCUGAAAAGUUGUUUGAAUUUUUCAACUUUUUUUAGUGCUUAUUUCAAAAAUGUAUUCUUCAAGGUUGUGCCGAUUACUUUAUUUAGUAAUCGUUAUCAGUGUGCAGAUUGAUAUGAAAGCUUCACUUAUCUUGCGAGAUGGAGAAGAUUCGAGGUUCAUGUCCUCAUGGGGUGUACAGUGUAGACGUCUGCCACCCGUUAAGAACUCGAUCAUGAGAAUCCGAAACAGCGGUCGAACGGUCAGAUACCAAUGUAAACCGGGCUCUAUCCUGCUUGGAGAGAAACGUCUUGUGUGCAGGGGUCUUAAAUGGGAUAAGGAGCCUCCACAGUGCAUAAGACCAGGCUGUCAACUGGACCAGCCAACCAACGGACAUGUGGAACCUCAGUACCAGGGAGCUCUAGCCAGGUUCUCCUGCUAUUCAGGGUACCUGCUGUCAGGUUCAGGGGUACUCGCCUGUGAUGGAGUCUCAUGGAAUGCAUCUGUGCCAACCUGCUGGAGGAAUGAAGAGGAAACUUCGAUAGGCAGCUGUGAUUUUGAGAAGAAGAACGACAUGUGUGGCUGGGUGAACAGUGCCAAUGAUGACUUCGACUGGAAACUGAACAUUAUGAAGACUCCUUCAGGUCCCAUUGGUACCGGGCCCUCCUAUGAUCAUACAUUGGGCAGGGGUAAAAUGGGCCAAUACUUGUACCUGGAGAGCUCAAGCCCUCAGAGUGAGCAUGAUACAGCUGUCCUUGUCUCUCCCUACUUCAAGCCUCAAAUCACUAGCAACGAAACUCGCUGCUUUACGUUCUGGUAUCACAUGUACGGAAAUGGAAUAGGAAAACUGAACGUCUACGUGAAUAACACAUUAAAUUUCACUGAAUCUGGGAGCCAUGGAAAUAGAUGGAUCAGGGGAAUCGUUCCCUUAGAAGGAGACGAUAUUUUCAGGAUAAAAAUUGAGGGAGUCCGAGGUCCCACUUAUGCUGGAGAUAUUGCAUUGGACGACUUUGCUCUAGCUGAAGGACCAGCUUGUGAGGAAACCGCACCUUUGCUAGGGAGCUGCAAUGGAAGAUGUUUCUCAGAUGCAAUCACUGACGACAAUGCAUGCUAUUGCACUGAAUCCUGCCAGGCUAACUCCACUUGCUGUUCCGAUUUCUACACUCUAUGUACACUUGAUAAUGACACAACUACUGCACAAGCUGGUCUAGACUCCUCAUCUUCAACAACAAAAGCUACAACAACAAUAGCAACACCAACAACACUUCCCCCCUAUUCAAUACCCUCUACAAUCACAAACAAUUUGACAACAGUUGUUGUUACAACUGAAAAAAAUUACAAAAACAUCGAUGAAAAUCAGGAGAACCCUGUAACCGUCACUUAUAAUUCUGAACAAAAUAUUUCAAAUUUUAAUAGAAAUGUGACAGGGACUACUCAGCAAACUACCCUACUUACAUCAACUCCAAAAGUACUGGAAAUGACUACUGAAACUUUUAGUGGUAAUGAUACGAAUGCAACUCAUAAAAUAAACACUGAUAUCAAUGUAUUAGAAGCAGUUAGUAAUGAUAGGAGUAUGACAGGAGUUGAAGAUGUGAAGACUUCAUCCCUAAACAAUACUUUGAGUUCAAGAACUGCAAAUACCAGUGAGCCUACAUUAAAAUAUAAUAAUAGUACACAAGAAAGAGGUAUUAAUUCAACAAAAUUUGAUUCAUCACACAUUUCAUCAAAAAAUAUCAACCCAAAAUUUGGAAACGAUCUGAAAUCUAGUCAACUUGACAGUGAGUAUAACUAUAUGAAAAAAAUUAUGCAAAGAGUGAGGGGAACUUCAAAGCUGAAUGAUCAUGACAUAUCUAUUAUUGAAGGAAUAUUGGAAAGUAUAAAAUACUUGAGGGAAUUGGAUAGCAAUAAUUCCAACACUGUUGAUCAGACAUUAAAAGAAGAAGUAACUAGGAAUCCUUUGGAAAAUAAAACAAGUACGGUUAGUCUUUUGAAGAAUUCCACUGUAGAAAAUGUUGAAAAAACAACGAAAAUCCAGUUGAAUUUGACUAGUACAGCAAAAUACAACAACAUAACAUCAGAUAAUACUACUGGAGAGGUCACAUUAACAACUAAAUCAGUAAAUAUUACAACAGGAAUGUACAAUGUUACAAAUAGAUUGAACAAUGGAACAGAAAAAUUGAACAAUGUAACAAUAACACUGACCAAUGUAAAAACAAAAUUGAACAAUGUUGCAACAAGGUUGAACAAUAUUACAACAAAAUUAAGCAAUAUUACAACAAAAUUUAAUAAUGUAACAACAAAAUUUGAUAAUGUAACAACAAAAUUGAACAAUGUUACAACAACAUCAAACAAUGAAACAGUAAAACAAAACAAUUCAAUAACAAAAUCGAGCAAUGAAACAGUAAAACCAAACAAUUCAAUAACAAAAUCAAAUAAUGUAUCAACUACGACACCGGUUAAUCUAGUUACUUACCCCACAAAAAAUACAUCAACUGUCACACCUGUUAAUCUAUUCACUUACCCAACAAAAUAUCCAAGAAUAUUCCCAGGCAUAAGUUACAAAAUACCACCUAAAACUUCUAAAUCGAAAACCCAGUACAAUCCCAGAUGGAAAAGUGAUGUAUUCUCGAAAAACCCUCUAAAAUUCCCCACUAUAAAACCUUUCAACAAAGGUUUGAUUCAAAAUAGUUCAGUAACGACACAGAAAAUCAACAUUUUGACAACUAAAAACACAAGUAUGAGUACUAGCACACUUGUGAAUUAUGUUAGAACAAGCACUCAGGCUCCUCAUAUGUCUGUGAUCAAAACGAAGGUGGAUCUUACUGGAAAGAAUAUGUGGCCGAAUAAGAAUGGAAAGUGGAAGAAAUUCUCUGAUAAAGAAAGCCACGCCCCCUACGUCAUCAGCAGCCAGCAAAGGGACAGCAAAAGCGCCAACAUUGCAGUUAUAUCAUUUUUCGCCGUGCUGGCAGUUGUGUGUCUGGUUGUAGCUGUGUUUGUCUUCAAGAGGAGGGUUAUUAGAAGAGACAGAAAUGGAUUUGAUGACGACUCUGACGUCCAAUUUUUGACUUCUGAUGAACUGAUCAAUUUCAAUCUGGCAAGACCUAGUCCGGACCGACAGGUUAAUUCUGAAACUAGGAGGUGAAAAGGAAAGGAAAAUGAGAAGAAAAGAAAAAGGAUGGAAAAGGAAAAGGGGAAAGAAAAGGACAGUAGAUAGGAAAUUAGGAAGGAAAGAAGGGGAAGGAAGAGAGGAAAACGAAAGUUUUUGACAGGAAAGAAUGGAUACGUAUAAAAUUGAUCAUUAUUUUUUAGGAUGAUGUUUGACGGGAUGGAAAGGAAAAAAACCUGAGAGGUAUAUUGAGGAAAUUGAAGAGAGAAAAACGAUAUUUGGUGAAAAGUGUGGAGUGAAAUAUGGUGGAGUGAAUGUAAUAGAAUUUAAUAUUGAUCAUUUAUAGAAGGAGGUUUAAUUAAUUUGGUCAUGAAAUUAAUCAUUUGAAGGGGGAAGUUUGAUUGAUUAAGACAUAUAAUUCAUAAUUUUGAAGGGAAUAUGAUUGAAUUUGGCAUAACAUUGAUUAUUUAAAGGAGGAAGUUUGAUUUAUUUAGACAUAUAAUUGAUAAUUUUGAAGGGAAUUUGAUUGAAUUGGGCAUAACAUAGAUUAUUUAAAGGAGGAAGAUUGAUUGAUUUGGACAUAUAAUUGAUAAUUUUGAAGGAAAUUUGAUUGAAUUGGGCAUAACAUUGAUUAUUCAAAGGAGGAAGUUUGAUUGAUUUAGACAUAUAAUUGAUAAUUUUGAAGGGAAUUUGAUUGAAUUGGGCAUAACAUUGAUUAUUUAACGUAGGAUGAUUGAUUGAUUUAGACAUAUAUUUGAUCAUUUUGAAGGAAAUUUGAUUGAAUUGGGCAUAACAUUGAUUAUUUAAAGGAGGAAGUUUGAUUGAUUUAGACAUAUAAUUGAUAAUUUUGAAGGGAAUUUGAUUGAAUUUGGCAUAACAUUAAUUAUUUACAGGAGAAAGUUUGAUUGUUUGGGCAUAAAAUUAUUGACCAUUUAGACGGAAAUGUGAUUGCUUGGGCAUGGCAUUGAUCAUUUACAAGGAAGUUUAAUCGAGGUGAGAUAAAAAAGAUAUUAAAUGAAAUGGAAGAGAUGUGAAUCCCACAUAAUUUAGUUCCAAUUCUGUAGAAAUGUAGAACUGACAGCAUAUUUUUUAUUCCACUUUAAUAUAGAAGAAUUCCACAACAUCUCUGUGCAUAGUGUACGUUUUAUUGAUUUAGACAUGAAAUUGUUUAUUUACAAAGAACUGUGAUUGGUUUGGACAUUGAACUGAUCAUUUGAGCUGGGUUUACACCAAAGUUAUUAACAAAAGUUAUUAAUUUCAUCUUAAUAGAUUCUAUUAGAUUGAGCAGAACUUGACAAACACAAAUGUUCAUCAUGUGUAUGAUAAGUUAUGUUUGAUCUAAUAGAAUCUAUAAGGAUUAAGUUAUUAAAAUUUUGUUAUUAACUUUGGUGUGAACGCAGUUUUAGAACAGUUAUUUUGUAUGGUUUUGAAAGAAUUGAUAGUUUUGGAAGGUACUUUUAAAAAAUAGAUUAGCCACAUUAUUAAAGGUCAGGAAAUGUGAUUUUUGGAGUAAGAUGGGUUUUGAGAAUGAGAAGAAGAAAUAAACCAUUGAAAAGUAUCCUAUUUAUUUGGAGGAGAUAUUGUCAAUUGAAAGGAAUUCUAAGCCAUUCAAAAAUAUGUUAUUGGAGUAUGCUUGUUACAAAAUAAAAAUGUAGGUUUAAAUAUUUUAUCAAGAGAAAAACCUUGUAUAUAGUAAAGAGGAUGAGAGAACAUCCUAUGAUUUUCAAUGACUCUGACAACAUAACCAUGAAGAAACAAUAGCAUAAGUAGAUAUCCCAUGAUAUAGGGCGUUUAUGUCGCAACUUUUACUGUUGUCUCAAGCUGAUAGUCCACGUAUUUCUUUCCAAAAAAGCUGUGUGACACUGGUAGUCUCUCAUAUUGUGCCGUUCAUACACUCUCACCCGGCCAAAACAGUAGAAAUCUACAGUAAUCGACUUGAGAUAACAGUAAAAGUUGCGACAUGAACGCCCUAUACCAUGGGAUAUCUACUUACGCUAUUGUUUCUCUAUGCUAUAACCUUCAGAAAUUUUUUGUAUAGGUAUUACUUUCGAUGUAUUGUAAAACAGUUGUAUGUUGAAAAUUGUGUUCUUAUCUAGUUGUUAAGUGAACUUCAGUAUGUACAUUUGAUUAUAGAUCAGCAUCUUUUACUCAUUUUUAAGAUUCUAUAAUUGUGUAGCCUAAUAGAUAAUUUUGUGUGAAGUGUGAUUGUCAUCUACGAUUGAUUAUUGUUGAUCGAAUAUUGAGUCUUUCUAAAAUAAGUGAAAUAAAAACUAGUAAUAGCCGA